AUGCGGGGUGAUGGCUUUCUGAGAAGUACGAGGAGCAUGCAAAUGGAAAGGGCGGUGUAUGCCUGGCAGGGAUGUGGCACCAACAUGCUACAGUUGAGAUGCCAGGGGGGCCACACAGAGAUGGUCUUAGCAGCAGCUGUAUUUGAUUCCAACACUGUGCUGGAAAGACCCCGGUUGGCUUGCUGCGCUGGCAGCACUUUGCUCACAGAUUGGGCGGCAUGUGCUUGGCCACAGCCCACCACAAGGUACCGUGGCAAUGCAAGCUUGGGCACACAUGGGAAGCUACCCCACAAUGUUCUUCACACAAGUACCUGA